AUGGCUCAAAUCGCAAAAGUCAACAAAGUCAAGGCUGCUGAGUACGCCCGGUGUACUCAGACUUACGCCCAGCGUACGCCAUCUUUGGCCAGUACUCGCGGCGUACGAGCUGGUCAGAAUUCUCCUGCCGUUGAUGAUCCCACUGUCUUUCUGACUCUCUCUCCACAAUACAACCGGCACAAUACUACUUGCAGUUGCCGGCCAACACCCUCAAUCCCCAAAGAUCGUUGGUUUCUCGAAUUGUAG